GCUUACAUCACUCUUGACAUAAAUUGCCACCCUUGAUAUUCUGGGACAGCUAUUUCGAAGUCUGGAUAGUAGUAGUUAAGCUAAGGAAGAGCUUUCCAUCUUCCAAGACGACAUUCAGAAGGAAAAGAGAAGGCAGAAAGAGAGGUGCAUGAUGAAGCCCCAACUGUACUCCAUCAUUAUUCUACUGCUUGCCAGGGUUACCUACAUGCAAGACACAAAAAAUUCUACCCAAGAUGCUACAACUUCUAGCACACAACUGUCUCUGAUUCCUAACACCACCUCUGUUGCUAAAACCCCUGAGGAAAGUGUCACAUCUACUACCAAAGCUCCCGAUGACCACAAAACCUCUGCCCCCGAGAACAACGUCACAUCUGUUACCAAAGCCCCCAAGGGCAACACCACCUCUGUUGCCAAAACCUCUCAUGAAACCACUAACAAGAUCACGGUUCUUUCUGAAGCCCCCAACAGCAAGGCCACACCUGCUCCCAGCCUGGCCCCCAACGUGUCACCCAGCCUGGCCCCCAACGUGUCAUCAGUUCACACCACCAAAGAAUUUACAAUGACAACCAGGAGUGACGGCAUACCGAGGGCAACCGGGAGCACCAGCAUAUCGAUAGGAAAGCAGACAUCGAAUCCUACACUGGCUGGAAAUGCAACCACACAACGGAUCAACAAAGUCACUAACACAGUCCGUAAGACAACAAGGCCCACUUCAACCAAAUCAACUACUGCUAAAGCCACUGGGAACAGAACCAGCACCUUCCAAGUGCCUUUGUUGUUUGCAAUCGUGUUGCUUGUCGUUUCUGUACUCUGUUUUUAAGAAAGCAUUGUUCUGUUGCACACUGCCAUUCUGGGUGAAAGGGGAGGGCUUUUUUUUUUCUUUUUCGCUGUUAAUAAAUUUUCCAUAGUCGGUUCUCUUAUAAGUCCUCCAGGGCAUUUGGCAAUAUCUUCUCUCUCACCAGCCUUCAAUGGAAAAACUGCCAAUUUUCUAACCCAAGGAGUAUGCCGUUUUGCUUCAGUUAGGUCAGACUGAGCUAUGGCUAUGACUCUUUAAUCAAAAUCACAGCUAAUAUUAUAAACAAGGCAAACACUAACAGCUUAACUGUGCUGCUGGGUAUGUAAAUGGCUAAUCUUUAGCCACUGCUUUUUAGCAUAUCCACUAGUCUUCCUGUAUGUACAUAGUCUUCUGUUUCUAAAAGCAAGAGCCAACAUCUCUCCACCAUUCCCUCCAGUUUGCUUUAUUUAUAUUUGCACUGCAGUAAGUGGAGGAAAUGUCUGAAUUGGGAAGACUUCCUGCUGUCUCUGAAAUCCGUGAUUUCUACCAUUGUUUGAGAAGCAGCAGAAAAAGUCCUGAAAUCAGUUGGGAAUAUCUCCCUCAAUGCCCUCAAAAGCUUUCAACCAACCCAGAUUUUAUUUGUCAGGUCUACAACAGCUAGGAUAGUACUUUGGGUCUACCAUAGCUCAUGACCACCCCAUAAUUCGCAACACGCAACCAAGAAGCACUCUCCAAAAACAGGCAGGUACUCACACCCUCAAGAUUCAAAAAAGGUUUGCAAUCAAGUCACACCAUGAGGAAAGCUGGCCUUUCUUGUUGGAGAUCCCUGAAAGGACCUACAAGGACAGACAGUUGAGCAGAAUGCAACUGAAAGACACUUCAUGGGUCAAGACCAAAUGUGUGGAAAUCCCUCCAGAGACUCAAAUUUUGCUUUGGCAAUCAACAAAAUUUCCUUCUGACCAAGACUUCUGACUACAGAUGUUACCUGCAUAUAUAUUUAUGUACAGGAGGGUAUAAUGUGCUUUCUACUGUUGUGUUUAUUAAAAGCAAACGGAAUUAAGGUACCAAUAAUGCAAAUUAAAAUGGCUUCAUAAAACUCA